UUCAGGUCCCCGAUAGAAUCUUCGACUAUCUGAUUGGCCAGAGGGCGUAGAUGAGUCCGUCUAGCUGAUUGUCGAUUGGCUGAAUGUGCUGUCAGUUAUGACAGUAGGCAGGACUGAUGCUGCGCAAGUGGAGUCGGAAAAUGCUGUACAAAGGGACUCUUGUGCAAAUAACAUCGUCAAACCUCCUGCCCUUGCUGCUGGGUAGUGCAGGCCUUAUCAUUUUAUACAGGCUACUGCAGCGGAUGAAAGAGAGAGCUUGCAUUCAGGAUGCUGUGGUGGUCAUAACAGGAGCAAGUUCUGGCCUUGGUAAAGAUUGUGCAAGAGUCUUUCAUGCAGCAGGUGCAAAGCUGGUAUUAUGUGGCCGGGACAGGGAGAAACUGGACGGACUCACAAAGGAGCUGACAGAAAUGGCAAACGGCGAGAAAAAAACAUACACACCUCAUGUGGUGACCUUUGAUCUAGCAGAUGUGGACUCGGUGAGCAGCAGUGCAGAAAAGAUUCUUAAUUGUUAUGGCCAAGUGGAUGUACUGAUAAAUAAUGCAGGCAUCAGUUACCGUGGAAACAUCCUGGAAACUGCUGUUAGCGUUGAUAAAGAUGUAAUGAACAUCAACUAUUUUGGACCAGUGGCUUUAACAAAAGCCAUCCUGCCUUCUAUGGUGCAAAGAAAAACGGGACAUAUCGUGGUAAUUAGCAGUGUUCAAGGGAAAAUAGCAAUUCCAUUUCGAUCUGCAUAUGCGGCAUCCAAACAUGCCACUCAAGCGUUUUUUGACUGCCUGCGUGCUGAAAUGGAGCAAUACCAAAUUCAUGUGUCCGUAAUCAGCCCAGGAUAUAUCCACACUAAUCUUUCCCUGAAUGCAGUCACUGGCAAUGGAUCCAAAUAUGGUGUGAUGGACAAGAGUACAGCACAGGGUUACGAACCUCGUGUUGUUGCUGAAGCUGUACUCACAGCAGUUUGCAGGAAGAAGAAGGAUGUCCUGAUGGCCGGGUUACUCCCCACUAUUGCAAUUUACUUGCGAGCAUUGGUUCCAAGUCUCUUCUUUCCUAUCAUGGCAGCAAGAGCUAAAAAGGAGCGCAAGGUGAAGGAUGAUUAAUCACAUCUUGGGCUCCAUUUUCCACAAAUUGGUUGAGAAACUAAAUGGUGCUUGCUUGUGCCCAGUGCUGUCUCCAUCACUGCAUCCAUGUCUGCUUUGAUGGUUUUUCCAGACUUCUGGGACAAGUUUUACAGAUUGCACUGAAACUAGCAUAACUUCAGUAAAAUGAAUGCGGGUUGAGCAUCCCUUAUCUGAAAUGCUUGGGGCCGGAAGUGUUUUGGAUUUUGGACUUUAGAAUAUUUGCAUCUAUAUAAUGAUAUAUAUUCUUGGGGAUGGGAACUCAAGUCUAAACACAAAAUCCAUUUAUAUUACAUAUACAGUUCAUACCAAUACCCUGAAGGUAGAUUUAUAUAUUUUAAUAAAUUUGUGCAUGAAACAGUGUGUACAUUGUACCGUCAGGAAGAUAAGCUACCACUACCUCAGCCAUCCAUGUGGACAGUCAGUGACUGCUCAGCAUUGCCAUCAUUUUUGACUGAAUUUAUGUGCUACUGGUAAAUACUUUGUCUUAUACUUGUUCAUCACACAAAUUUACUGAUGCAGGCAUUCAGCGUAUUAGAUUUUCAUCAAUGAUGAUCUUGGCAAACUCAUCAAUGAAUUUCUCAAUUGCUUUGUGAUCAGCAAACACUUUAUCACCACAAAUCUUUAAAAUUUUUAUGUUGUGCCUUAAAUUUUUGGAAUCAACCUGCUGAAUGAUCUCCAUUUUUUGCUUUAUGCAGUGUUUUUGAUUUUUCAUUAACUUCUGUUCAUUACAUAUGUGAGGUCACUUCUCAGAACUGUCUGUGGUGCGGAGUGACUUGCUUAUCACCUGGGUACCUUCCCUGGGACUUGUGGAAUUUUCCAUUUGAGAUGUAAUGUCAGCAUUAAAAAAAAAGUUCAGAUUUCA